UUCUAAUUUGUGUGUGGUUGUUUGUUUUGGUAGGUAUUGGAUGAAGCUGAUGUGUUACUUAAUAUGGAGUUCGAAAAAUCUCUUGAUGACAUUCUAAAAAUUAUACCUAAGGAGCGGAGAACUUUCCUUUUUUCAGCGACAAUGACUGACAAGGUGAAGAAACUGCAACGUGCUUGUCUCAGGAAUCCUGUUAAGCUCAAAGUAUCUUCCAAAUACUCUACAGUGGAUACACUUAGAGAAGAGUUUUAUUUAGUUCCUGCAGAUGACAAGGAUUGCUGUCUUGUUUACAUUCUGAACAAGGUGCCAGGGAGCAUGGUAAUGAUAUUUACAGAAACCUGUUACACGUCAAGGCUUCUUGCUCUCAUGCUAAGAAAUCUUGGUUUUGAAGCCAUCUUCAUCAAUGGCAAAAUGAGUCAGGAUAAGAGACUAGGUGCUUUGAAUAGGUUCAAAUCAAAAGGUUGUAACAUCAUUACUUGCACAAAUGUUGCAAGCUGUGGUCUUGACAUUCGAGGAGUUGAUGUCGUCAUUAAUUAUGAUAUUCCCAGUCCUAAGUCAUAUGUACAUCGGGUGGGUAGGACUGGACGUGCAGGACGGUCUGGAUAUGCAGUGUCCUUGGUGAAUCAGUAUGACGUUGGGCGGUUUAAGGACAUGGAGGAGCUCCUUGGCAAAGAAAUUAGCAAGCAUGAGGUAGAUGAGUGUGAACUCAAGAUCCUAAAGGAGUGUGUAUGCGACUCGAGGAGAAUUGCAUUAAAGGUAAAGGUUGAUGGCUGGAAGAGGCCCAGAAGCAUGCGACAUGAUGGAGACAAGAUGGAGGGUCAUGAUCGGGCUGCAAGGAGAUCUGGCUUGUCCAUGAACAGAUACAGAAGAGUUAAACACAAGAGCCUUCUCCCCAACGAGGUCCUCGGCGACAUCAUCUCGCUCCUCCCCACCAAGGAUGGCGCGCGCACGCAGGCGCUCUCCGCCCGGUGGCGCCCGCUCUGGCUCUCGGCGCCGCUCAACCUCGCGACCCGCGGCGGCGCGGAGGACGCCGACGAGGACGCCGUCUCCCGCGUCCUCUCCGCGCACCGGGGCCCCGCCCGCCGCUUCGCCGUCUCCAACCUCGCGCUCGCCGGCCUCGACGCCUGGCUCCGGUCCCCGGCCCUCGAUCGCCUCCAGGAGCCUUCCGCCCUGGAGCGCUUCUCGCCCACCCUCCGGCACCUCACGCUCCGCUGGUGCCAGUUCCCCGACGCGGCUGCCGGCCAGGCCCACUUCCCCAGCCUCCGGCAUCUCACACCCCGCGGCGUCACCGUCUCCGAGCACUCCUUGCACGCCAUGCUCGCUGGCUGCCCUGCUCUGACCAGCCUGGUGCUCAGAUACAACUACGGCUUCCGCCGUCUCCGGAUCAACUCCCGGAGCCUCAGCUGUUUCGCCGUGCAUUACAUUGAUCUCCCAGGCACUCAGAUCAUGCUGCAGGAACUCAUUCUUGAGGACACCCCGUGUCUUGAAACACUGCUCCAUUGCGGAACAUUUGGAGAUCAUGGCAUGCGUGUCUCAGUAAUUUCAGCGCCGAAAUUGAAGAUGCUGGGUCGCCUCACGGAUAAAAUCGGCAGAUUUGAGUUCGGUGCCACUGUUUUUCAGGGACUGCACCUCAUUAGACUGGCAACCGUGAUGAGGUCCGUGAGGGUCUUAGCCCUCUUAAAUUCUAAUCUUAUCCUGGAUGUGAUUAUUAACUUCAUGAGGUGCUUUCCAUGCUUGGAGAAGUUGUACAUAAAGACAAAUACGUCGGGCAUGGAAAACACGAAGGCCGAUAAAACCCUAGAUCGGAUAGAAUGCCUUGACCUCCAUCUGAAGAGGAUAGUGAUGGGCUUUUAUACAGGCAAUAAAUCACAUGUUGACAUUGCCUCGUUCUUUAUUUUGAAUUCGAGGGUGCUGGAGUCGAUGAAACUUGUUGCUGAAACUUAUCAAGUGCGAAACAAGAUGGGGGCUGAAAAUCAGUGCAAGCAUCUCCAGUUAGAGAAUCGGGCUUCUAGUGCUGCUCAGAUUGAAUUUACAACUUCUCACUAUUUCAGUUGCCCCAGAGACAUCCAUGAGUUGUCAGACCCCUUUGAAUAUGUACUUUAAAUUUUCAAAAAUAGCUCUUCCAGUUACUCUACUUUGUGUUGCUUUAUUCAAUUUUUUUAGUUCACCUUGCUUGUAAAUAUUUGGACAACGUUUUUGAGCUAUAUUACUUGCCUUUGAAUUGCCAGA